AAACCACAAAUUCAACAAAAUACACUCACUUCACUCACUACGAAGUUUUGACUAUUAUAAUAGUCGCGACUAUAUUAAAAGAAAUAAGCGAUUUCUUCGAGAUGAAUAGUGAUAACUUUAGAGUUCAAGAUGAAGGAGUAUUUCUACUAGCUUCGAGUCAACCUAAGAAACGCGCGGGGAGAAAGAAGUUCAAGGAAACUCGUCAUCCAGUUUAUAGAGGGGUGAGGAGGAGAGAUAAUAACAAGUGGGUUUGCGAGGUGCGUGAGCCUAGUGAGCAAAAAAGAAUAUGGCUAGGGACUUACCCGACUCCUGAAAUGGCGGCUCGAGCUCAUGACGUAGCUGCAUUAGCACUUAGAGGUAACCUAGCUACUUUAAAUUUCGCCGAUUCUAGUUGGCGGUUGAGUGUGCCGAUAUCAAAGGAUCCUGACGAAUUACGUAAGGCUGCCAUGCAAGCAGCCGAAGAAUUAGUUGGAGUCGGUUAUAUGAAUGAGGAAAUCAAUUAUAUUGAAGAAAAUAUUUCUAUUGGUGGGGCCAAUGGAAGUGACAAUAGUAAUUUGGUGGGUAAUGAAGUGAAUAAUAACAACAUACAAAAUAUGGAGAUGGGUAACAUUUCAUGUUAUUAUAAUAAUAAUUGGGGAGACAAUAAUGAAAUGUUGGAAAUUGAGGGAUCAUCAUGGCAAGAGAAGAUGAGUGAGGGGCAUUUGUUUUCACCAACUCCCCAUUAUGAUAGUUGUUUUAGUUGGGAUAAUGUGGAAAGUGAUGGGGAAGUGUCUUUGUGGAGCUAUAACAUGUAAUUACGUUGUUUAGAGUCGAUCGUGAGUAAUUGAUACAAGUGUGUAAUUACGUUGUUCAGAGCGAACGUAAGUAAUUGAUACGAGUGUGUAAUUACAUUGUUCAGAGUCAAGUGCAUUAUGAGUGUAUAAUGAUAUAUAGGUUGAAUUCUUAAUCACAUAACUUAAAAGGAUUCGAGGUAUGGAUCCUAGUCAUGUGGAUACGUGUGUUUCGAUAUGAUUAAUGAAUGUAUUUUAUGAUAUAUAAAGUUUGAAUUU